UCUAACAUUGAAAACUUUCUUGCUUCUUCUCUUUAAUAUUGGUUCAUAAGGGAUCAAACUUUUUAAGGACAAGUAAUACAGUGACAGAAUAAAUGGAAUCAUGAGGGCAGAGUUACGGGGUACGAGAUUUGGCCGAUCAAAUUAUUCAUUUCUUUUAGUAACACUGUUUUUCAUUUCUGCUAACAUCGUGAAUUCUACUAUUUUAUAUGGACAAAUCGAGGAAAACGCACCGGCCGGAACGUUGGUCACUGGAUUACCAUUUGGAGACAAAUGCCAAGAUUCCAAAAUACCAGAACUAAAACCAACUUUAACAGGGAAGUUCUCCUCGGAUUUUUCGAUUGAAUAUCUGGAGAACACUGGAUUCGUUUUAAAAACCACCAAAAGUUUUGACGGGGAAUUCCAAUCGCGCUAUACAGUGAGCGCGCGCCUGUCGGGUUGCAAGAACGCGAAUGAGAACGUGACGAUUAUAAUUAAUAUAGUCCCUAAGAACGACAGCUCACUACAAUUAAAAUUAAAAAACGAAAUGAAAGAUGGCCAUACCCAAGGGAGGAAGCCAAGAGCCGUCUCUGAACAAUUGACAUACACCGUUACGGUGUCUGAGAAUGUGAAAGUCGGAGACUUGAUCUUUACGGUACCGGAGCAGAGGUUCGAGAAAAAGUGGUUCGAUGUGCUUUCGGAGGGAAACUCUCCGGUUCAGAUGGAGAGAGAGUCGGGGCGCGUGUACCUAGCGCACCGUUUGGUAAAAACCGCCGAGGUCAUGGUUAAGAUCCACAACAUGAGAGGUGAAGAAUGGUACCUGUGCAGACUGACUCUGAUGCCUCCCAACCUCUCAAAUCUACAGUGGGCUAUGUUCCCCUACCCCUACCUCGCGGCCAUCGGUCCAGACACCGGUCCCGGCUAUGUGGUUUACAAGCUCGUGGCCCGAAGUGGCGAUGGUUUGAUGGGAUCAGCUCACUUCCUGUUGGUUGAUGGUGGGGAGGAUUCUUUUGAGGUUGACAGAAUCACAGGAGAAGUGAGGACCACAGGCCGACCCUUAACCCCUAGUAAGGAGUACACGUUAACCAUUCAGGCCGUGGACUUGCAGGGCAGGAAGGGACAGCACGCCUCUGUCUUCAUACUGGCUGGCUUCCGGCCCCCUCAGUUCACCAACACCACCUACACGAUCUACGUCCCAGAAGGCACUGGGGUGGGCCAAGCGGUGGCAUUGGUCCAGGCUAUCUCAUUCCAGAGAAAGACCCUGUCCUAUAUGCUGUUGGUGAAUCCAGGCAACCUGUUCAGUAUAAACCAGGAAAGUGGCGCCCUCAGCUUGACUCGUAGCGUGGACUAUGAGAGCGGGCAACAUCUUCACCACCUGCAAGUCAGAGCCUCUGAACCAGACACAGGCCUAAGCAACAUGGCUGAGGUGGUGGUACACAUCACAGAUGAAAAUGAUUGCACGCCAGAGUUUAUGCACUCCAUUUACAGUCGAGACAAUGUCCCUGAGACCACUCCUCCUGGUACAUCACUGCUACAAGUUCUGGCGAGAGACUGUGAUACAGGCCUGAAUGCUGAACUUUCUUACUUCAUCCAGAGCGUUGACUUUGACAUCUCAUCUCAUGGAGUGGUGAGCCCCAGUCAGAGGCUGGAUUACGAGAGACCUAAUCACAUGUACGAGUGUGUAGUGGUGGCUGUAGACAAGGGAACCGCCCCUCGCACUGGAACCGCCUCCAUUCGCAUCCGCAUGGCCAACGUGAAUGAUGAAGCCCCUGUAUUCUCUCAGACAAUCUAUAAAACCUUUCUUUCGGAGGAUGCCGGCCCAGAGACACUGGUAGCUAUUGUUCACGCCAAGGACCCCGAUGGAGACGGCGUGACGUAUGCCAUCACCGGCGGUAAUGAAGACAGUAACUUUGAACUGGACAACCAGAAGGGGAUAAUCAAACUGCGUCGCAGCCCUCCACCUAAACUGCGCGGACCUCAGUACGUUCUGAACGUCACGGCAACCGAUGACAACGCAGCUGGUGGGCCACUUCCUCUCAGCAGCUCCGCGCAGAUCAUCGUUGGCAUCAAUGACAUCAAUAAUAACAAGCCUGUGUUUGAUGAUUGCCAUGACUACAGCGUGAAUGCAUUGGUUCUGGAGAAUCAGCCCCCUGGCACUUUCGUUCUGCGUGUGCAGGCACACGACGCCGACACCGGGGUCAACGGGGAGGUCAAGUAUGGGAUCAUGCAGAGAGACGGCGCCUCACCAGGGUUCACAAUCAACCCCGACACAGGUGUGAUCAGUACAGUGGUAACUUUUGAUCGUGAGAGACAAAGAGAGUAUUCCCUGUCAGUAUCCGCCACAGAUCAAGCUCAAGAACCCCUCAUCGGCAUUUGCCAGAUUACCGUCCUCAUCGCUGACCAAAACGACAAUGACCCAAAGUUUGAAAACAGCCGCUAUCAAUACUUUCUGCGAGAGGAUACACCGGUGGGCACCAGCUUCCUGAGGGCGGCCGCUCACGAUGAUGAUCAGGGGACCAAUGCGGCAAUCACCUACUCACUCUCACGACAGAACCCAGCUUACUUUCACAUCAACCCCAGCACUGGUUGGAUCUACGUCAGCCAUCCCAUCUCACAGACGUCACGGAUCAGCCAGCAGAUCAUCGCUACAGACGGAGGCAAUCGGAGUAGCUCGGUGGACCUCACUGUCAUCAUCACCAACGUGCACAACCAGCCCCCGCAGUGGGAACAAGCCGAAUAUUGGGUCACAAUCCCAGAGAACACGCCACGCGACACCAAGAUAGUGACAAUAAAGGCAACCUCUCCUCUUGGUGACCCGAGGGUGACUUAUAACCUAGAGGAGGGUCAGGUUCCUGAGACCAAUAUGCCUGUGCGCUUUUACAUCAAACCGAACAGGAGAGAUGGUUCUGCAUCCAUCCUGGUGGCAGAGAAUCUGGAUUACGAGACGACACGUUUCUUUACGCUACGGGUUCGCGUUCAGAAUGUGGCGGCUGUACCCCUAGCAUCCUUCACAACUGUUUAUGUUAACAUCACAGAUGUGAAUGACAACGUUCCUUUCUUCAUGUCGUCCACAUACGAGGCAACAGUGCCUGAGGGGGCUGAGAUCGGCACAUCAGUGGCACAGGUCUCGGCCACAGAUUUGGACUCUGGUCUCCAUGGCAUGAUUAACUACAUCAUCCUUAAAGACCAAAGUGGCGACUCACAGUUCUUUAGCAUUAAUUCCUACACGGGCAUCAUCCACACCCGGGCAACCUUCGACCGUGAGCAGAAAAGUUCCUACUUGAUCGAGGUCCAGUCUCAGGACAGCUCCGAGUCUGCCCGACCCAGUCAGCAGGGCCAGCCUAACACAGACACGGCCUACUUGAGGAUUUUCGUCACCGAUGUGAACGACAACGCUCCAGCGUUCUCUCAACCCGUGUACGAGAUCAGCGUGGAGGAAGAUAAGGAAGUGGGCUUUGUGGUCAUCACCGUUACAGCCAACGAUGACGACGAAGGUGCCAACGCCAAGCUGCGCUACCAAAUUACCUCGGGGAACACCAUGGGCGCCUUCGAUGUGGAGCCAGAGGUCGGCACCAUCUUUAUUGCCCAGCGGCUGGACUACGAGCAGGUGCAGAGAUAUGAGUUACGGCUGGUCGCGUCGGAUGGAAAAUGGGAAAACCAGACGAUGGUUGUGAUCAAUGUCAUCAACCAGAACGAUGAGGCGCCUAUUUUCACUCAGACCGAGUACCAAACCAGUGUCACAGAAGAACUGACAGAUCUUCCAGUCUUUGUACUUGAGGUCUCAGCCACAGAUCCUGAUCAAGAGGCGGACCAGAGUGCAGUGCGGUAUUCUCUACAUGGACAGGGUGCCGAUAGCGAAUUUACCAUAGAUGAGUUGAACGGCAGGAUCUAUGCCCAACGCCGUUUAGACCGCGAGGUUCGUUCGGCCUGGCAGUUCCUUGUCCUGGCUACGGAUGAGAACGGGUCUGGUCUAACCGGGUUCGCUGAUGUACUAGUGGAUGUGCAGGAUAUCAACGACAACGCACCUGUCUUCCUGUGUUCUACCGAUAACUGCUUUUUAGGUCACGUGCCUGAGAACUCCCCAGCCGACACUCCCAUAAUGGAGAUGCGGGCCACCGACCUAGAUGACCCGAAAGCUGGCAAGAACGCUAUCCUCACCUACAGAAUUGUGCAAAACGUGCGCAACGAGAUCAACCUAAACCUUUUUUCCAUCAAUCCAGCUACAGGGACUAUUUAUACUGUCCUGCGCUCUUUGGACAGGGAAGUGGUGGACCGAUAUCUUGUUGUUGUGGAAGCUCAGGAUGGGGGAGGUCUUUCGGGAACGGGAACAGCCACCAUUGUAAUUUCUGAUGUCAAUGAUCAUCCUCCAGUGUUCACCCAGAAGGUCUACAUGGCGUCUAUGCCGGAAAACUUGGACAUCAACAGCGAGGUAGUGGUAGUGGCUGCAACAGAUGGAGAUGAGGGUGAAAAUUCGGCGAUGACUUUCAGCAUCAUUGGGGGCGAUGAAGAUCGCAAGUUCUUUAUAGAAACUGACAAGGUUAACCGACGUGGUGUGGUGAGGCUGAAAAAGAAGAUAGACUUUGAGAAACCACAUGAACGCACCUUCAAUCUGACAGUGAAAGUAGAAGACGCUGACUUUUUUAGCCUGGCUUUCUGCAUCAUCCAAGUGGAAGACUCUAAUGACCAUGCACCAGUUUUCUUCCCACAGUUCUACGAGGCCGGAUCCAUGUUUGAAGAUGUUCCCAUUGGCACCAUUGUGGCGCAGGUGACCGCCAUGGAUAUGGACUCUGGCCAAAAUGGGAGGUUCAUAUACAGCAUCACCCCAGAAUCCGACCCCUUCCAGCAGUUCUUGGUGGAUAAGGGUGGUUGGGUCGUAGUUGCAGACUCUUUGGACCGGGAGAAGGUGUCCCAACACAGAAUCAUGGUUAUGGCAACAGACAUGGGCAGCCCUGCUCUGACCGGCUCUGCUAUUGUGCUGGUAACCGUGCAGGACGUUAAUGACAACGGGCCAGAGUUCGAAGCUCCCUAUCGGCCCAUUGUGUGGGAGAACACUGCCGCACCAGAGAUCGUUCACAUGAAUGACACUUCAGUUCUGCUUAAUGCCAUUGAUAAAGACACCUCGUCUAACGGAGGGCCUUUUUCUAUCCGUCUACUGAUGCUGACCUCUGACGUUACUAAUUUUAAUUUGACUGACCUGCGAAAUGGUAGCGCCAAGAUUACCGCUCUUCGCACCUUUGACCGGGAGAAGCAGAAACAGUAUCUUCUUCCCAUCCUGAUGAUUGACAGCGGCUCUCCACCAAUGAGUUCCACAAGUACACUCACGGUCAUAAUCGGAGAUAAGAAUGACCAUCCUCAUGCAGCAGGACACAGCGAGUUUAUAGUGUACAGAGUGCAAGGUAUGCUCCCCACCACGGUGCUCGGACAGGUUCAAUCCCCUGACCUUGAUGAUUGGAGCGAAAAGACGUACAAGUUUGAAGGCAAACCCCCCAGGCAGUUUAGUGUGAACCACAACACGGGUCAGUUGAGUAUCAGAGAGGGCACACCAGCUGGAUUCUACAGCUUGCAGGUGAGGGUGGCAGAUAAGAGCUGGCCUGAUGUCACCUCCUCAGCUGAGGUCACGGUGAUGGAGCUGGAUGAGGAAACGCUAAGGAACGCUGGCUCUCUUAGACUAGCCAACCUGAGUGCAAAUGAGUUUUUCCAGGCGUCUGGGAAUAAGGAGAGCAGAUACAUGCGUCUCAGACAUCUCUUAUCUGAGCUCCUUCAGACAGACCUGGGAAAUGUAGAUGUCUUCAGCGUGGCCAACGGCAGCCAGUCGGCACAGCAUCACCUCAGCGUGUGGUUCGCCGCUCAUGGCUCCCCAUACUAUAAACCUGAGAAACUCCACGCCUAUGUGGCCAUGCACAAAGCUAAGUUGGAGUCGGCUCUGGGUGGGACCAUUCUACAGGUCGGGGUGGAUGAGUGCACCUAUACAGACUGCAGUCAGACCGGAGGCUGUUCCAGCAAGGUCACAUUCAGCAAAUCCCCUACGACACUAAACAGUGGAAAUGUCUCUCUUGUUUCGGUUUCGGCCAAAGCGAACGCACAGUGUGGCUGUCUCGGCCGAGAAAGUGUACACCUGCAGUGUUCCUCAUACCUGCGUAACCCCUGUCUGAACGGAGGUACCUGUUUGAACACUGAUCUGGGCUACAGGUGUAAGUGUCCCCCCAUGUUUGAUGGACCGGAAUGUCAGCAAACCAAACAUAGUUUCUUAGGCAAUGGUUAUGCUUGGUUUCCUCCCAUAACGCCUUGCUUUCAGAGCCAUAUUUCUCUGGAGUUCAUCACAGAAGUGGCCAAUGGACUGCUGUUUUACAAUGGACCAAUGGGAGCAGCUCAGCCAGGAGAAAGAGAGGAUUUCAUCGCACUGGAGCUGAAAAAUGGAAUGCCCUUGCUGAGUGUGAAUCAUGGUUCGGGGACGCUCACGUUGCAGCUGCCCGCAAGAUCCACCGUCGCUGACCGGCGCUGGCAUCAUCUCGACAUCAUCAGUGACGGCAAGACCGUGCAGAUGAUUCUGGAUCACUGCUCUGGUGCCGUGAUGAGCGAGGUGGAAGGUCUGGGAGUGGGGAUGUUGGAGAUGGAUCAAUCGGUGUGCAAGGCCUCAGGAGAGACUCCAGGCGGCGAGAGGUUUUUUGAUGUCUACCAACCUCUCCAGCUGGGCGGGGUUAAAGAGACCCAUCCAUUCCGUAGGUCACACUCCCCUUACAAGGGCUUUGUAGGAUGUGUAAGAAACCUGAUCGUGGACAGUCAGGUGUAUGACCUCAGCAGCCCGGCAGAGAGCGAGAACACCACCCCAGGAUGUAGGAUAACAGACGGCGUAUGUCUGACAGCUGGAGGGCCCUCAUGUGGCGUCCACGGGAAGUGCUUGGGGGAAUGGGGCUCCUUUAGCUGCGACUGCCAUUCUGGAUACAGCGGACACAAAUGUGAUAAAGCUCUUCCUGAGUGGUCCUUUGAGAAGGACAGUGUUCUUAGGUACCAGCUGAGAGGCGGUGGAAGUCCACGGAAAACUCAAGCUCAUCUACUUCUCAGAACACGUUCCUCCGCAGGAAUCCUGCUCAGCAUGUCCUCCCGAGACUCCAAUGAGUUUAUUAUCCUGGAAAUAAUUGAUGGAUGUCUCAGUGUGCGCUGUAAUCUUGGAGACGGUGCUCACGCUUUGGAACUCAAAGGCCAGCGUGUGAACCAUGGGCAGUGGGUCCUAGUCAGCCUUCAUCGCCAUGACAACAUCUUCAUUCUUCGACUGGAGCAGGGCGGAGGUUCACGAGAGGUCACAGGAGUCCUUGGACAGAAGAAAGAUAUAGUGGUGCAUCCCUCCAGCGUGUUUUUGGGAAACAGCGGCACUCCAAACGCUCAUGGAGACUUUCAAGGCUGUAUGCGGGAUGUGAGACUAAACGGUCACUCUCUACCGCUGGAUGGUCAGGGCACAGAGUUCAGUACGGUACUGGAGCGCCGUGGUGUCUUGCCCGGCUGUCACUCUGAUGCCUGCAGUGCCAAACCCUGCCUGAGCCCGCUAUACUGUGUCGACCUGUGGAGAAAACAUGAUUGCAGGUGUCCAGCCAAUCAGGUUGCUGUGAUGGAUGAGGUCGCGGGCUUUUUGCAUUGUGCCCCCUCCCCCUGCGGCCCCACCACAUGCCGUAACGGUGGCACCUGUCUGCCCCACACCACCAAGAGCUACCAGUGCCGCUGUCCUGAGGGUUUCAGGGGUCAGUGGUGUGAGAUCGGCCAGGUCAAAUCUCUUCGGCUUGCCGCUCUCAGUCCAAGCUCCAUCCUGGCAAUCAGCAUGUGCCUGCUCGUCUUUUUCGGUGUGCUCGUGGCAGUGACAGUAUGGAAUCAGAAGGGCAGUCGGAAUAAGUUUCGCAAGCGAGGCGUGUACCACAUCCCGGCAGAGCAGGAGAGCUGGGAGGACAUCCGGGAGAACAUCCUCAACUACAACGAGGAAGGAGGAGGAGAGCAGGACCAGAACGCCUAUGACAUCACUGAGCUGAAGAGGCCGCUGUGUUCCAGUCUCUCUCAGUCGUCCUCCUGCACCACCGCACCUCUCAUCAAGUCCUCUCAGGGCUCCCAGGAGGAGGUCCACCCCUGCGGGAACAUCGCCAACGGAGCCGCCCUACCCUACCACCACAGUGCCAACUGCCCCGCCCACUGCUCAAUGGACUUCAAGAGCUACGUGUCACGCAUCAUCUGGGAGGCCGACAACGACAGCGUGUCCUUCCCCAUGGACACCUACAACGUGUACUGCAUCGAGGGAACGGGCUCCACAGCGGGAAGCCUCAGCUCUCUGGGAUCGGCCAUCUCAGAGGAGGACUUUAGCUAUGACUCCCUACAGCAAUGGGGAGCAAAGUUUGAAAGGCUGAGCGAGCUUUACCGUAGGCCGGAUAUGGCCAUACCCUAUAUGGAUACGAUGCCAUGCCAAAGCCAGGAUCUUUCUACCAUCCAGGUCCAGGAACAGCAUCAAUAACCCGACCCUUCAAUCCUAGAGUUAGUUUUGCGUGUUUUUGUUGAUAGGGAACAAAUGGAACUCUACAGAAAUGUGUCCGGUUUCUGAUCAUUUGUGGUGCAUUCACAAAGCUUUAAAGAGCAACUUGAGUGGAAGAUUGGAUUUGCUUUAUUUAUUGAGUGUGUCUAAGAGAACUAUUAAAUGAACUUAUAUUUAUUUUUGCUCUGAGAUGAUACGGAACAAAGCCAGUGAGCCACCACGUGUCCUGUCACCAUGAAGAACAUGGUACGCGUUCAUGUCACUUACAUAUUUCAGAAAGGACGCGAGUAAUGCUGCAGUCCAUUUAAUUCAGAAAUGUAAAGCUUCCAUCCAAACCAAUGGAGUUGUACACAGAUAAUGAUAAGCAAUCACUUUCAAUCCAAUUAUCAAAAUCAAACAAAAUUUUACAAAUGAAAAACAUUCAUAUAACAUAACACGUUUGGAAAAUGUUUGCAUAGAAAGAUGUGUAAAACAAAGUUGGGAGUCUUAAACCUUUAAAGCAAAUACUGACAGAACCAGUUUUUUUAUUGCUGGUCUGUUUGUUUACACCAUUUAAUUGCUAAUGUAAAUCAUAGAUGUUGAAUGUGAAUAUCUCACAUCAGAAAUCUAAAUGGAACACAGCAUUAUUCUGUGUGGUGAUCAGGAUGUAAUGUUUUGUAAAUCUACACCAAAACACAUCGGUUGUAUUUGGACCCAGCUGCACUUGUGAUAAAUGGCCACUUCUGAAUUUUACCUCUGAAGCAUAAAUUUGCCAAAAGAGGGCUAAGACACCGAAAGAUUUCAUAGGUGACUGAUGUGCCAAUAAAUCAAAAAUCCGCUCAUGCAACGAGAGCAUAAGUUAUAUUACCUUCUAGUGGCAUUGGAUUUUUUACUCAUGAAAAUUCAUUACAUAGGUGUUUUUUCUUUCCUUUCUUGUAUUAAUGUGAAGGACAUUGUUUGUGAUCCCAUCCCAGAUCCUGGUGUGCUGAAACAUGGUGACAUCGUUGUAUGUGUCAUGGGAAACACCGAAUGAAUGUAUCGUGUUAAAUCAAAAUAUCCCUGUUAUGAAUCCACUGUGUCAAAAUUUGAUUUUAAAGCCGAAAAAGUCGGCAGCGCAAAACAAUCACAAAAAUACUUAUAAAUAUUUUAAAAUUGCAAUAUGCUUACAAAAGAUCUGUAUAGUUCUAUUUUUAUUGAUGUGAAAUUAAGAAUAUUAGUCUGCCGAUGUGCAGAACAUAUUUUCUAAGAGUCGUAAGAGGUUUCCCUUGUGUUUUCAAGGUAAACCUCUCUAAUCUCUGUCAAUUGCAUACAAUUCAUGUCAACCUUAUGUUCGUUGUAAGUUGCGGCACCUAUAGUGAAAUAAAUUGGGCUCAAGCUCACAUGGCCACUGCAUUUUCCAGAUGCUGAUUUGAGAGCAUCAAGCAAGGUCAGUUCAUGCAGUUUGUAAACAAGAGCAUGAGGCCAUUGCCACAGUGGCUUAUGGUGACACUAAAUCUUCCAUGCACCAUCACAGCGUUGUGCUGCUUAUUGUAAUGACUUAAUGAACAUUUAUUUACU